AUGAUGGCACUGAAAGAUUUCCUUAACAGGUUAGGUAGUGAAGCUCUCUGCACUGAAGAGAUCUUUCCUAUGUCUGGAGCAGGGACAGAUCUUCGCUCAAACUACUUGUUGAAUACUAAAAUAGCUGGUGUUGAAGAAGCAGAUUUAGUGCUUUUAGUAGGAACCAAUCCACGUUAUGAAGCUCCUCUAUUCAAUGCCAGACUCAGGAAAUGUUGGAUUCACAAUGACCUUGAAAUAGCACUUGUGGGAGCACCAGUGGAUCUUACUUAUGAAUAUGAACAUCUUGGAAACUCACCACUUGUUUUGCAAGAAAUUGCCAAUGGAACCCACCCUUUUGCGGAAACACUAAAAUCAGCCAAGAAACCUGUUGUAGUAAUUGGUAGUGCAACACUUCAGAGGGAGGAUGGUGCAGCUAUUCAUGCUGCUGUCUCAACCAUUGCCCAGAAUGCUCGUAUGCUAUCAGAAUGUGGAGAUGACUGGAAAGUUCUUAGUGUUCUGCACAGAGUGGCAAAUCAAGUAGCUGCACUUGAUCUUGGCUACAAGGCUGGGGUGUCAUACAUCAGGGAAAAUAAGCCUAAAGUACUUUACAUGUUAGGAGCUGAUGAAGGAGCCAUAACUAAAAGUGAUAUUCCUUCUGAUUGUUUUGUUAUUUAUCAAGGUCAUCAUGGUGACGCUGGGGCUCAGAUGGCUGAUGUUAUAUUCCCAGGUGCUGCCUACACGGAGAAAGAUGCCACUUAUGUGAACACUGAAGGCAGAGCUCAACAAACCCGACUUGCUGUCACACCUCCAGGGAUGGCGCGACAAGAUUGGAAAAUUAUACGAGCAUUAUCAGAAAUAUGUGGUACUGGACUUCCCUAUGAUAAACUUGGUGAACUUAGGCAACGUCUUUAUGAAGUUUCUCCAAAUUUGGUUUAUUAUGGAGAAGCUGAAGAUGCGAACUUCUUUAAAGAAGCUCAUGAACUUUCAAGUUUAGUCAAAUCAGAGCUGUUAGAUCAGCCUCUGAAGCCACACCAGUCUCAACUCAGUGAGUUCUACAUGACCAAUUCUGUAACUCGUGCCUCCCAAACUAUGGCCAAAUGUGUUAAAGCCACUUCAGAAUCUACUGCAUAA